GGGUUCUUGUGCACUGUCUCCUCACGAAAUUCAUCCAACUCAAAAAAAAUGGUGUUUGCUUCCUGUACGCUUACAGACACAGAGUUUCAUAUGGAAGGAACAAGCGAAAGCGGAAGCUCUGCGCCUUCGAGGGCAAGAGGGAGAGGGAGAUCGCGCGGUGGCCUGGGCAAGUAUCUCCGUGCCCGAGGACGGGGUAGAGGACGUGGACGCCCCGCAGAAUGGGGCAAGCGGCUCGUGCUUGAGGAUGAAGAAGAGGGAGAGCCUGAUGAGGAGGAUCAGCAGGAGGUCGAGCGCAAGUAUGCGAGGAGAGAGCUCGGGACCAAUGCAGAUCGAUACGCUGAACCCGAGCCCGAGCUCGAUUCUGAAGGAGAGGAGAUUGUUGAACCGGAGGUCGAUUUGACAUCUUUCCUUGAACGCCAGAGGCUCUCGUCACAGCCGCCUCUCACACCACCGCCACCGGAUGAGGACGAUAUCGACCAUAGCCUCGCAGGUCUAUCCAUCGGCAGACCAACGCGCCAAACUAAGAAAGGAAAGGUGAAGCAGAUAGAGUGGGAUAAAUCACUUGAAGAGAUGCGGCGCGAUCAGGCUGCUGCUGAGGCCAAGCGGGAAUUGAAGACACGCUUCCGUGCACAGACCGCGCAACAGCGUGGUCGAGCGAAUCUGCGGGGGACGGCGACGUCCCGAGGAAAAGCACGAAGUUAUGUGGAAGCACCUCAUCUAUCGACAAAGACGCGACAACCUGCGAAGCCGGAGAAGGAGGAUAUGCAAGAAUUCUUGGACGAUCUCCUAAGAUAACGCUACAGCGAUGGAUAUCGAGGAGGGAUGCGGACGAGUUAUCCCAUUUUCUCCACGCCCUAGGGUUCCUGAAGAUCUCGAGGGCUGUGAUACUUUAGACAUGACGUGAAGACGUUGCAGAAAUUGGAUUUCUUUCCUGCGAUUCCACCCUGCAUAUCGGCGAGGGAGAUCUCAAGAGCAUUUUAUGACUAGCUGCCGAUUAUUCCCCUUCAUAUUAUGUAGUUCAAACAAUGCCUGUGAAUGGAUCGUAUCAAGUCAGUUCUUCUCGAACGACUUGCUGUACUCGACUUUAACGCAG